ACCAAUUGCGAACGUGUGUGCUGCUGCUGCGCGCGGAAAAAAAAACGUAAAUCUCCGUAUAUAUCAACAAAACAAUUAGAAAAAACAUAACUUGCAGUUUACCGGGACAACUAUACAAUAUAUUUUGAUAUUUUCAUACCGUUUACGCGCUUGCUUUGUGAGUUAUCUUCAAUUGAAAAUUGCAAAAAAUCACAGCAACAAAAAAUCAGUUUACGACGUUGCCAACGUUACGCACGCGUAUAAUUCGAAAAAUACAAUAUAAAACAACUAUUUGUGCGGAUAAUGUUAAUAGACCUGAGUGAAAGUGCCAGGAAAUUAUACAAAUAAUACAAAAUCGGUUGAUUUUAAGCAAUAUUUUUGUGCAACUACCUGUUCUGCAGCAAAUGCAUAUACACACAUCCAACAACAACAACAAACCUUAGCGAGCAUCUAACUGUUGCGCUCGGCCGGCUGCUCUUCGUGUCUCUCUCUCCUCCGCGUCUUCGUAUGUCCGCGAGUGUUUUUCGCUAGUUUCGCGUGUGUUUCGUGUUUGUUUCGCGUUCGUUUCGCGUUUGUGUGCGGCUGUUGUUGUUGUGGCUUUUCGCCAAGUGCAAUUAUUCGUUUCUUUUGUUUUUUAAACAACUUAAUGUCCCGCUAAACGGUUUUGGAAGCCGUCUCUGCGCGCCGCUGCUCCAAUUGGAUAUACGCAAAUAUAUUUUAACAGUUUCUGUACAGUAAAUCUUCCCUGAAAUGGCCCCCAUGCCACGUAUUCAACUGCCCAAUAGCAAUGCCUCAAUAAAAGCCAAUACCAAUAAUUUUCUCUAUGCCGAGACAAUGUCUGGAGAUAGUAGCCCCACGCCCAGUAGUCCACCCUCCAGUACAGCGGGCGUGGCCAAGUCCCAGUGUUCAUCGCUCUCCGAUGGCGAAUCCUUUGAGGGCUAUGGCGAAAAUGAGUAUCCCACCCAAUUGCGUGAAGGACGAAGCUCCAAUAACAAUAGCAAUAACAACAAUAGCAACGUCAUCAACAAUAAUAACAACAGUCUGAAUGGUGGCAAUACAAGUUCCCUGCACAAUCACAGUGGACACUCGAAUGAUGGGAAUAAUAAUUUAAAUGGAAGCACAGGCAUUGAACUCGAUUUGGCACCCCAUGUGGGGGCAUCAACACCACAAGAUGAUGACGAACUAAACAUAAUGCCCCGAGACAAUUGGCCCGUCGCAGCUUGAGGCGAACUCCCACCAGUUCCGGCCGCAGACAAAUUAGUUCAAAUGCCUUAGCCAGCCAACUCUAUAGAUCAUCGAGCUUCAACUCAUCGGGCCGUAGCUCCAACUGUGAUACAACCGAAGACAUGUACAGCGAUAUAAGCUUGGAGAAUCGCCAUGAUUACGAC